AUGCCGGCACAGAAGCGCACCCCAGAGCCUAUGGAAGAUGAUCCUCUGCAGAACCACCAUGAAAACAGCCACGACAAUCCACAAGACGAAGAGGAGUCCGAUCGAAGCCUUUCCCCGAGUAACGAAGAGAAAGACGAAUAUAUCAUAGUGAAAUUGGCAGAAAUUCGGAAAGAAGUCCAAUGCCCUAUCUGUUUAGGGAUCAUUCGGAAAACAAGAACAGUGAUGGAAUGCCUGCAUCGCUUCUGCAGGGAAUGCAUCGACAAGUCCAUGCGCCUGGGGAACAAUGAAUGCCCUGCAUGCCGCACCCAUUGUGCUAGUCGUCGCUCUUUGAGAGAUGACCCAAACUACGAUGCCUUAAUUGCAGCCAUCUAUCCAGAUAUUGACAAGUAUGAGGAAGAGGAACUGGCUUUUCAUGAAGAGGAGAAGGCUCGCAAUAAGCAGAUCCAAGCUUCCAUUGCCCAGACAUUUCGACGACAAUCUGAGGCACUAGGAAGGAAACGAACAACAGCUAAAGCAACUGCAGCUGCAUUUAUGAGGAGAUCACAGGGUAGCUAUCGAAAUGCUCAUUUGAGGGGGAGAAGAAACUAUAGAAAUGUUGCUGAACAUCAAGGUUCCGAUGAUAACGAGGAUGCAAAUGGUAAUGAUGGAGGUAAAGACUCAACUUCUGGUGACGAGCGCACAGAACCAAGACCAAAGAGAUGCAAAAGAUGGGGAGGAGGUCGAUCAGGAUCUGCUAAUGCAGAUGGUGGUGAUGAAAAUGAUUAUGAAUUGAACAGAGAAAUUAUGGGUGCAUCUGCGGGGCUUGUUGGCAGCUCAGAAAGGCUUGCCUGGGGUAAAGGUGGCAUGCGGAGCCAUACACGGUAUGGCAGUACAAGUGGUGGCAAUGGCAAAAAUGCCAGGAACAUCCGCCUCUCUAAGUUAGUGGAGUAUCUUCGGAACUCAGAAAACCACGAUGAUGAGUUGGACAUCCACCUCCUGCUUGUUUCUUUUGAUGAGCAAAGAAUACCCAGUUUGCAGCGGCCAUAUCUUUGCUGCAGGCCUACCCUGUCAGUUGGACAACUAUGUCACUAUGUAGCUCUCCGAACUGCACUGCAAGCUGAUGAAGUUGAAUUGUACUUGGUGAAAGAGCUGCAUGCCAAAUUCAGUCAUUCAACUGCCACAAAUGUCCUAAUUUCCAAGUCUGUUGUUUUAGACUCAACCAAAGAUAACCUGCAACUAUUAAGAGAACAAGAAACGUUGGCAGACCUUAGAACACACAAUCUCAUUCCUGGUCAUCUGCUUUUGGCAUAUCAGAAGAAAUGGAACUCGAGCUGA